AUGCUGCCUGGAAUUCUUUCCCUGUUCGAUGCGGUGGACCAAGAUGGCAGUGGUGAGAUUGUGAUCGAAGAGAUGGAGAAGUUCGAGCAGAGUGGCCUCCACACGGUACCCCCGCACUUCCUAGACAGGGCUUCAGUGGAGAGCAUGACGGAGCUCUUUGAUAUGCUGGAUGUGGACAAGUCCGGGCGCAUUAACAAAGACGAGUUCACCGAGGGGAUCCUGGACAUCUUCCUCCGCGAAGUGCCGCUCUCAUCACUGCAGAUGAUGAAGAUGCUCCGGCUCCUGCACAAGUCGACGAGUGAGCUGGAGGUGGGGCUCGAAGAUGUGAGGGUGAUCGUGAAGGACAUGAAGAGCUCUAACUUCAGCAACAGCCUUUAUUUGUCCACCUGA